AUGAUGAUGGGUUUGAGAGAUGUUGGAGCAUCUUUGCCUCCUGGAUUUAGAUUUUACCCAAGUGAUGAGGAAUUAGUCUGUCACUACCUUCACAAGAAGAUUUCAAAUGAACAAGUUCUAAAGGGUUCUCUAGUUGAAAUCGAUCUCCAUAAGUGCGAACCAUGGCAACUUCCCGGAAUCGAUAAAGAAGUGACAAAGAUGAAUGCGAAUGAGUGGUAUUUCUUCAACUUUCGUGAUAGAAAGUAUGCCACAGGCAACAGGACUAACCGAGCCACCAUUUCCGGUUAUUGGAAAGCAACGGGAAAGGAUAAGCUUGUUCAAAAUCCUAAGAAUGGCGCAACCAUAGGCAUGAGAAAGACACUAGUUUUCUAUCGUAAUCGAGCACCUAAUGGAAUCAAGACCGAUUGGAUCAUGCACGAAUUUCGACUUGAGAAUCCUUGCAUGCCUCCCAAGGUCUUUUUCUCUACUUUUCUCUCAUUUCUCGAUUGGUUAAACUUAUUACUUAUAUAG